AUGGGUACGCCUUUCGUCCAGUUCCUCGGGCCAUCAAACCUCGAGGGCUACAACCGCAAGAGACAGCCUUCCGAGCAGCCAGCCACCAUCCCCAAGACAUUCCUCGAUGCCAUGGAGGUUCGGGAGCAGGUAUUCGUCAAGGAGCAGAACAUCCCCCUGGAGAAUGAGUUUGACGCAGACGAUGCUCGGUCUUGCCAUUGGGUCGCAUAUGCUUCCAUCAACACCACAGUCGAACCUGAAGUGACGGAUGAAGAUGGAAACAUCGUUAGAAGAAAGCAAAGUGUUACCAGGUCAACACCAAUUGGUACAAUAAGGCUCGUCCCAUUCCCACAUGCAGCACAUCCGGAACCUGGCUCGGCAUAUACCCUCGAUGCACCCGAAGCAGUGUCCGGUCCUCCGCCUUACAUCAUCGACCGGCCGACAACAUUCCACGAUGGAAAGGAACCAUAUCUCAAAUUGGGAAGAAUAGCGGUGUUGAAGGAAUUCCGUGGAUCUGGAAUAGCGAGGCUUCUGGCGGAUUCCGCAAUAACCUGGGCCCGACAGAACCCCACCUUCUUCAACCCAUCCAUUGCAGUUGUGGGAAUGGAAAACCUUGGUGCGAAGAGCGUGGACGAUGUGCCUGUCUGGAAGGGCCUCAUGUGCGUCCAUGCCCAAGAACAAGUGGCGAAGGUCUGGGCCAAGUGGGGGUUCGAGCUCGACGAAGGUAUGGGAAGUUGGUACGAGGAAGGCAUCAAGCACGUGGGCAUGUUUAGGAGAGUUGAUAUUGGGAACACCACUCGACAAUAG